AGAGAUCUGCAUGCCGGGGAAGCAUCAAGGCAAAAAAAAAAAAAAAAAAAAAAGCGCGGAGCCUCGCCUGCCUGGCAGAUCUUCUUUUGGAGGGGAGCUGCACCACAUUCCUGUGAACUAUAACUGCUUUGAAUGGCAUGUGGCUUGUAACUUUACUUCUGCUGUAUUCUUUGCAAGAAGUCAACAGCGAAGAUGUUGUCUCUACGCGGCUGUACUUUGUGAACGCCUCCCUGCAGCGGGUGACCUUCUCCAGCUCGGUGGGGGUGUCCCUGCCCUGCCCCGCGGGCGGCGCCCCCCAUGCCGUCCUGCGCUGGUACCUGGCCGCCGGAGACGACAUUUACGACGUGCCCCACAUCCGCCAUGUGCACGCCAACGGCACCCUCCAGCUGUACCCCUUCUCUCCCUCCGCCUAUAACAGCAUCAUCCACGACAACGAGUACUUCUGCACCGCAGAGAACCAGGCAGGAAAAAUCCGGAGCCCCAGCAUUCACAUCAAAUCAGUGUUCCGAGAGCCAUAUACAGUCCGUGUGGCUGACCAGCGCUCCAUGCGAGGUAAUGUCGCUGUCUUCAAGUGCCUCAUCCCCUCUGCUGUCCAGGAGUACGUCAGCGUGGUGUCCUGGGAGAAAGACACCGUGUCCAUUGUCCCAGGUAACCGUUUCUUCUUGACCUCAUUUGGGGCUCUGUAUAUCUCAGAGGUACAGAAGGAAGACGCUCUGUCCACCUAUCGCUGUAUCACAAAGCACAAGUACAGUGGCGAGACUCGGCAGAGCAAUGGAGCCAGGCUCUCUGUUAUGGACCCUACGGAGUCCACCCCGUCAGUACUUGACAGUUUCCAAUCCGGUGAGGUGAAGGUAGGGAAUAGUGUGGAGCUGCCCUGCAUCGCAUCAGGCUACCCAAACCCUACCAUCAGAUGGUUAAAGGAUGGGCGGCCGCUGCCGGCAGACUCCCGCUGGACGCGCCGCAUCACGGGCCUCACGAUUUCUGACUUGAGGCUGGAAGACAGCGGCAACUACAUCUGCGAGGUCACCAACAGCUUUGGCUCCAAAGAGGUGACGGGUCACCUCAACAUCAUCGAACCCCUGCGGGUAACCUUGUCCCCCAAGAACCUCAAGACAGGCAUCAGCAGCACGGUCAUCCUAUCUUGUGCCGUCCAGGGUUCUCCCCACUAUUCUGUGUCGUGGUACCGUAACACAGAACCCGUCCUGCCCGACCAGCACUUCUCCAUCCAAGGCGCUCACAACGAGACCUUGUUCAUUUCGGCGGCCCAGAAAAGACACUCAGGCGCUUAUCAGUGCUUUGCCACACGCAAAGCCCAAACUGCCCAGGACUUCUCCAUCAUACUGCUGGAAGAUGGUACUCCACGUAUUGUGGCCUCCUUCAGUGAGAAGGUGGUGGUCCCGGGCGAGCCGUUUUCCCUAAUGUGCACCGCCAAAGGAGCGCCUCCGCCGACCAUCACCUGGAGCCUGGACGACGAGCCCGUGGCCCGCGACCUGUCGCGCGUACGAGCCAGCCAGUACACGCACUCUGAUGGGAGCACCGUGAGCUACGUCAACGUCAGCAACCCCCAGAUCCGCGACGGAGGAUUGUAUCGGUGCGCCGCACGAAACUCGGCCGGUAGCGCCGAGUACCAAGCGCGCAUAAACGUAAGAGGCAAUCCAAGGAUUCGGCCGAUGAAAAACAUCACGGCUGUGGCAGGACGCAGCUCUUUUGUAAACUGCCGUGUGAUCGGCUACCCAUAUUAUUCCAUCAACUGGUACAAGGAGGGGCUUCUGCUACCUGACAACCAUCGUCAGGUGGUGUUUGAAAACGGCACCCUGAAGCUUACCGAUGUCCAGAAGGGGAUGGACGAGGGGGCUUAUAUCUGUAGUGUUCUCAUACAACCUCAGCUAUUCAUCAAGCAGACUGUAUACGUAACAGUCAAAGUUCCUCCGCUGAUCCAGCCAUUUGACUUUCCGCCAACUUCCAUUGGCAAGCUGAUGUACAUCGCUUGCGUGGUGGCGUCCGGAGACAUGCCCAUCCGCAUCACGUGGCGCAAGGACGGCCAGGAGAUUGUGCCUUCGUCGGGCAUCACCAUCGACACCAAAGAGUUCAUGAGCUCCCUGCAGAUCUCCAAGGUGUCACUGAAGCACAAUGGAAACUACACCUGCAUCGCCAGCAAUGACGCUGCCACUGUCAGCACUGAGAGGCAGCUCACUGUCACAGUGCCUCCUCGUUUUGUGGUGCAGCCCAACAACCAGGACGGAAUCUAUGGGAAGUCUGGUAUUCUAAACUGCUCAGUUGAUGGAUACCCUCCUCCCAAAGUCAUGUGGAAGCACGCCAAAAGUGCACUAGCGGGUAUCGGGAGCCCACAGCAGUAUCACCCUGUGCCUCUGACGGGCCGCAUACAGAUCAUGAACAACGGCUCGCUGCUCAUCCGCCACGUACUGGAGGAGGAUCGUGGCUUCUACCUGUGUCAGGCCUCCAACGGGGUGGGCUCUGAUAUCAGCAAGAGCAUGGUGCUCACUGUUAAGAUCCCAGCAAUGAUCACAAGUCACCCCAACACCACCAUGGCCAAGAAGGGUCACGUUAAGGAGCUGAACUGCACAGCCAGGGGAGAAUGGCCCAUCAUCAUUCGCUGGGAGAGAGGCGACACAGUCAUUGACCCUGACCGCAAUCCCCGCUACUCUAUUACCACCAGCCCCAACGAGAAGACAGACGAGGUGUUGUCCACCCUCAAGCUGAAACCAGCAGAGCGUGAGGACUCGGUCUUCUUCUCCUGUCACGCCAUCAACUCGUACGGCGAAGGCCGAGGCCUCAUUCAGCUCACUGUGCAAGAGCCCCCAGACCCUCCAGAGUUGGAGGUGCGAGAAGUGAAAGAUCGCAGUAUGAACCUGCGAUGGACACAGAGGUUCGACGGGAACAGCGUCAUCACCUCCUAUGACAUCGAGUAUAAGAACAAGACUGAUAACUGGGAGCUGAAGCAUGCCACUCGAAACAUCUCCCCCACUAACAAUCAGGCCAACAUUGUGGACCUCCACCCGGCCUCCGUCUACAGCAUCCGUAUGUACUCCUACAACGCCAUCGGCAAGAGCGAGGCCAGUAAGGAGCUCACCAUCAGCACGGAAGAAGCUCAGCCUGAUGGUCCUCCCAUGGACGUGAUCCUGCAGCCGGUGACCUCUCAGAGUAUCAGGGUUACUUGGAAGGCUCCCAGGAAGGAGCUGCAAAAUGGAGUGAUCCGGGGUUACCAAAUUGGCUACAGAGAGAACGGCCCAGGCAGCAGUGGCCAAUACAGCAUUGUGGAGAUGAAGGCCACCGGAGACAGUGAGGUGUACACGCUGGACAACCUCAAGAAGUUUGCGCAGUACGGCGUGGUGGUUCAGGCCUUCAACAGAGCUGGCACCGGGCCCUCCAGCUCCGAGAUCAAUGCGACCACACUUGAAGAUGUUCCCAGCCAGCCUCCUCAGAAUGUGCGUGCCAUUUCUGUCACAUCGGAUGAGGCUGUCAUCUCUUGGGCCGAACCCCCCAGGAUGACUCUACAUGGCGUUUUGAAGGGCUACCGUGUCGUCUUUUGGGCUGUCUUCCCUGACGGAGAGUGGGGUGAAAUGCAGAAUAUCACCACAAGCAAGGAGCAGGUGGAGCUCAGGGGCCUGGAGAAGUUCACCAACUACAGCAUCCAGGUGCUGGCCUACACACAGGCUGGCGAUGGCGUGCGCAGCAAUGUCCUGUACAUCCAAACCCGCGAAGACUACCCUGGGCCCCCAGCUGGCAUCAAAGCUGUGCCCUCCUCCGCCAGCAGUGUUGUGGUAUCCUGGUUACCUCCUCAUAAACCAAAUGGAAUCAUCCGCAAGUACACCAUCUACUGCUCGAGCCCUGGAUCAGGCCAACCGAUGCCCAGCGAAUAUGAAGCUAACCCAGAGCUCGUCUUCUACCGCAUCAGCCAUCUCAACCACAGGCAGCAGUACUUGAUCUGGGCUGCAGCCGUCACCACUGCAGGACGCGGAAACUUCAGCGACAAGGUCACAGCUGAGCCCGCCGCCAAGGCCCCUGCUAAGAUCCUGUCAUUUGGGGGUACAGUGACGACUCCGUGGAUGAAAGAGGUACGGCUGCCCUGCAGCUCUGUUGGAGAACCAACACCAACCAUUAAAUGGACCAAAGACAGUGACAACACAGCUAUCCCAGUGUCUCUGGAUGGACAGCGUCUCAUCAUGGCCAAUGGCACCCUUGUGCUACGCACUGUCAAAGCUGAAGAUUCUGGCUACUACACCUGCACCGCCACCAACACGCUGGGCUUUGACACCAUCAUUGUCAAUCUUUUAGUGCAAGUUCCUCCAGACCAGCCUCGUCUCACAGUGUCCACCACCUCCACUUCCUCCAUCACUCUGGCAUGGAUACCAGGCGAUAACGGCGGAAGCUCUAUCAGGGGUUUUGUGCUGCAGUACUCCGUGGACAACACAGAGGAGUGGAAAGAUGUGUUCAUCAGCUCCACCGAGCGCUCCUUCAAACUGGACAACUUGCGCUGCGGCACCUGGUAUAAAGUCAAGCUGGCGGCGAAGAACAGCGUCGGAGCGGGACGCAUUAGCGAGAUCAUCGAAGCCAAGACCCACGGCCGAGAGCCCCAGUUUAACAAGGACCAGCCCGUAUUCACCCACAUCAACUCCAGCCACGCCCGCCUCAACCUGCAGGGCUGGGCCAGCGGCGGCUGUCCCAUCAGCGCUGUGACACUGGAGUUUCGCCUGAAAGGUACGUGGGCGUGGCAGAACGUGCGCACCAACGCCACCAAAGACGUGUUCCUGGCCGAGCUGCGUGAGGCCACCUGGUAUGAGCUGAAGAUGAAAGCCUGUAACAGUGCCGGGUGUGGCAACCAGAGCUCCCAGUUUGCAACGCUGGAUUACGACGGCAGCACAAUUCCUCCAAUCAAGUCCCCUUUGGAAAAGAACGACGACGUCAAGAAGCUGUUUUCUAUUGGCUGCCCUGUGAUCCUGGUCACUCUCGGUGUGGCGCUGCUCUUCAUCGUACGCAAGAAACGCAAAGAAAAGAGGCUGAAGAGACUCCGAGAUGCCAAAAGCCUAGCAGAGAUGCUGAUCAGUAAAAACAACAGAAGCUUUGACACCCCAGUGAAGGGGCCGCCUCAGGGCCCGCGCUUGCACAUCGACAUCCCGAGAGUGCAGCUGCUGAUCGAAGACAAAGAGGGCAUCAAGCAGAUCGGCGAGGACAAGGCCACCAUACCUGUGACAGACACCGAGUUCAAUCAGACCGGGAACCCACAAAGCUUCUGCGCAGGUGUGUCCGUUCACCACCCUGCUCUCAUCCAGAACACUGGUCCUUUGAUUGACAUGUCAGACAUCAGACCAGGAACCAAUCCAGUUUCGAGGAAGAGUGUCAAAUCAGCCCACAGCAUCAGGAACCGCUACUCUAGUCAAUGGACUCUGACCAAGUGUCAGGCCUCCACGCCCGCUCGCGUCCUCGCCUCGGACUGGCGCACGGUCACCUCGCAGCACGGCAUCACUGUCACCGAGAGCGACAGCUACAGUGCCAGCCUCUCGCAGGACACAGAUAAGGGUCGUAACAGCAUGGUAUCGACAGAGAGCGCCUCGUCCACCUACGAGGAGUUGGCCAGGGCGUACGAACACGCCAAGCUAGAGGAGCACCUGCAGCACGCCAAAUUCGAAAUCACCGAGUGCUUCAUCUCCGACAGCUCCUCCGACCAGAUGACCACGGGUACCAACGACAACGCCGACAGCAUGACGUCCAUGAGCACGCCCUCGGAGCCCGGCAUAUGCCGCUUCACCGCCUCGCCGCCCAAGCCCCAGGACUAUGAUCGUGGCAAGAAUGUAGCCGUGCCCAUCCCGCACCGCGCCAAGAGUGACUAUUGCAACAUUCCCCUCUACAUGAAGUCAGACCCCUUCUUCCGAAAGCAGUCGGAGCAGCGUGACCCGUGUCCAGUGGUUCCCCCCCGUGAAGCCUCCAUCCGCGGCCUGGCCCAGCGGGCGUACCACACCCAGGGCCGUCACAUGACUAUGGAUUCUGCCAAGCAGCAGGCCCUCACCAUGGGCCACGCCGGCCUGUCCAGCCUCACCUCCUCCGGGGCGUCCGCCGGAGGAGCCGCUGGAGGAGGGGGAGGCAUGUCCGCCAGCUCCAGCAGCUCCAGCAGCUCCACGCUCCCCCAGAGGACUCUCACUAUGCCGGGCUCCUCGGCCACGGGGGCCCAGGGCGCGGCCGCCGCGGCCGCUGCCACCGCCGCCGCCACUGGAGCAUCGUCGUCCUCCGGUGGGGCUGUGGGGGCCACGGGAGGCACGCCCGCUGGCGCCUCCUCCUCCUCCAAGAUGGCAGGAUCCAGAGACUCUCUUUUGGAGAGCAGCUCGUCAGGAUUGGGCAGACUACAGAAGCAGAGGGAUGGGGGUGCGGGGGCCUACUCCAAGUCAUACACACUGGUGUAGCCUGACAUGGUGGCGGCUAAUUAAAAAGAUUAGUGGUCAAAUGCGGGGUGAAGAAGACACCGAUGCCCGGCUCCUCACCCGUAGGUGCCUGCUCUGUGCCGCGCCGCAGGGGGCUGCUCGGGCUCCCAUCGAUACUGCAGUAAGGAGGAGUUGGGGAGUCUCCGCAGCACAGAGGGGGUUGCCUUUCUUUCUGCCUGAUUGCUUUUCUCCUCAUCUCUUUUACGCCGCCACUUCCCAAAACACGAUUUAUUUGUCCACUUUUCAUGUCCUGCUACGGACCCCCACUUAUCCAAGGUAUGCACAAAAUCCUCUCCACGUGCUGCAAGAGGUGGUUGCUUGAAUUUCCCACUGGUUAUGUUUGAGGUUGAAAGGAGCUCAUAUCACAGCAUUGUGCCACUUCACGAUGCUUUUACUGUACGCAUUAGCCACCCGACUCGGUGGCGUUUGCUCCAUGAAAUGUCUUUUCCGUACAAUGUAUCAUGGAAAAAAAAAUGUCAAUGUCAUUUCUGGCAUUGGGGAAUAUAAUCUCAUAUAUGAGGAUUAUCAAGGCCGUGUGUGUGUGCGUGUGGAUGUAUAUGUGUAAAUAUAUACAAUAUACAGUAUGUGCACGUGUGGCAGGCACACAACAAUGGUGGACCUUUUUAAAAGUCAAUCUGUAUGUUGAGCGUCUAAAUACUAAAACCCACAGUCCAUUUUUGACUUCUGAAGCUGAACUUUGAAUUUAUUGUUUAAUGGUAAUAUUAUUUGCGAUUGAAAGAAAGGUAACGGGUAGGUACCAAGCAACUGUUUUUCAGUUCAUCAAGAUGCCACAAUCGUAAUUCAGUGGUGUAGUCAUUCUCCAAGAAGCCCUUUCCAUACUGUACCUUCCCCCACCGUCACGGUGACUAGCAAACACGUAGAGACGCAUAACGAUGGAAGCUGUCACUUCACGAGACGACUCUCACGUUGCGCUUCUAGGCAGACGGCUAGGCUGUGUUCAAAAUCACUCCCCGUCCACUACAUAGUGCCCUAUAUUGAGUUUGCCAUUUUGUAGUGUUGUCCCAAUGUGAAGUCAGUGUAGGUUUUCCCAACCUUUAUUGAGCCAAACCUUUACAUGAGAGAAAAAAAUCUCAGAAAACACCACCCAACAAAUAUGUCGCAAAAAGUGGGGCACAGGUUAAUCAUGUACCUUCUGCCAUCUAGUGGAAGAGCAUUUAAUUGUUCUGUCUGUCACUCUACAGUAUGUCGCUGGCAUAGGUAGUUGAAUCAAGAUGCAUUAUUUGUAGUAAAUAAUUUUCGGCCCAAUUAAGUAAAAUUGGAUGACUUCCCGCGGCACACCUGAUGAUCUCUCAUGGCACACUAACGUCCCACAAUGCAUCGUGAAAAGUCGCGAACAAAAACGGUCACUAGAAAGUCAAUAUAUUCCAUGAUGUAUUGCGCCCAUAGAGAAAAAUUAUUUUCAGUUUCUGGAAAUAUUCUAUUUCAAUUCAUUAAUUGUGGGGGGAAAUAAAGUCCCUGUUAAGUGAAAAUAAAGAUGUCUUCUACAUUUGACAAAACACAAAGAAGACUGUUGUUAACAACCCUGACAAAUUUGAAUGAUUUAAAAAAUAGUUUGUACAGUGGGGCAGGUGGGAUUUUCCGCUAUUUCUCCAAAAAUGAGUCAUGUAUGUAGAAACAAACCUCUGAAUUCACUUUACAGAGUCUUGGAUCUAAGUAGAGCAACACAUAAUAAACACUGAUAGACAUAAAGUGCUUCAAACUCAGCAUAAAACAAUAAGAUGUUAUUAUGAUUUAUUUGUUCAAUAUUUACUAUUGAAGGUCCACCCCUCGAUGUUGAUCAGGCACGUUGUAACUAUGCAAUGGCACAGACAUAAUUAACGGCAUGACCGAGUUGUGUUCCAAAAAUUAUUUGACUGAUGAGUGAAAAUCCACAAGUUAAAAAAAAUAAAAAAAUUUAAAUGGCGGCAAAGCACUACUUUUGGCUAUGCCCUGACUAAAUGAAGCUCUUCCCCCUACUUCAACUUAGUUCCCACACGAUGGCGCCAAAGAAAACUUGUAGUAUAUUAUACAGGGCUUUGACUUUUAAGCGAUUAAUGGAGAAUUGGUUCCAUGGAAAAAUAAAUAAUAAUAAAAAAUUGGGCAAAGGAGUGUGCGGACUAAGUGAAUGAUUCCGAACACAGCCUUAUAGUGUUGUUAUUGUACAAAAGAAAGAAUCCGUGAAUUAAGUUUAACUUUACAUAUGGUACGCUUUAUUUCAUUGACUUUUUAUUUCUUCACAAUUUCUCCGAAAAGCAAAAUCCCAUAACAAAAAAUCAGUUCCAAAAAUAAAAAAUGGUUUAAAAAAUAGAGUUGCUCCAAAUGUUUAGCAAUGAUCAAAUGUAACAAACAUCAGGGCUCUCGCAAUAGAAAAAGAUAUGUUUGUUUUAAAAAAAUAUAUAUGUACAUAUAUAUUUCUAUUCAAAUAUAUAGCAAAUAUAUGACUACUGAGAAAAAACAACUAUUAAAGCCGUUCUAAUUGAAAAUAUAUUCGAAAAGAUCACAAGACAAUCGUUCCGAGGGAGAGAGAGAGAAAAGGAAGAUGUGACAAAGGGCGAGUGACUUUCACGGGUAGCACAAGCGUCACGAGGGGAAGGGAAGGUGAUGAGGCGCUGCCGUCUUUAUUGCCGUCCCUCUCGUGAUUCCGGCUGCACGUGCACGCGGCUCGGACGACAAAGCACAGUUGAAUCGUGGUGUGAGAUUGUGUCUCCAGGUAGAAAACAAACAGUUUGUGGUGAGCUUGGUAUUGAAAAAAGAAAGAAAAACAAUCAAAACUUUAGCAGAGCAAUACGGUGGAUAUAAAACGUCUACACGCCCAUGUUCCAAUACCAGGUUUUUGUGGUAUAAAAUUAGACCGAAAUACAUUUGCUCAGAACCUUUUCCACCAUUAAUGUGACCUAUAAACUGUACAGCUCAAUAGAAAUAUUUUUUAGAGGGGAAAUAAAAGCAAACAUCAGAGAUGAUGUGGUUGCAGAAGUGUGCACACCCUCUUCUAACUGGGGGUUUGGCUGUGUUCAGAAUUGACCAAUCACUUUUAAACUUGGGUUAUAUGGGACACACAUUUACCCAUGUGUUUAGGAAAUUUUGUUAUGGUCCAGUUCAAAAUAGCAGUCAGUGUUAGCACAAAACCUUCUGGCGUCUGCUAGUAAGCAACAAAACCUUCGGGGUCCAGAUAGUAAGUUAAAAAAAAAAAAAAAAAAAAGUCACAAAAAGCCUACUAGAACAUCUGAACUUGAGUUGGAGUUAAUCGGAGGCACUUUAAAUGGAGGCAGAUGUGUGCUGAUUCCCAUUUAGCAUGAGUUUAAAUGUGAUUGGCUAAUCUGAACACAGACACAUACCGUUAGAUGAGGGCAUGUGCACUUCUGCAACCACAUAACUGUAUUUUAAUUGUUUAGUUUUACUUCCUCUGUCGUGAAAAAAAAUAAUAAUAUAAGAAUUGAGGUGUACAAGUAUAAUUUCAAUUAAUUAUUUAUCUUGGUCUCAUUUUUUAGUGACAAAAACCUGUUAUUUGAACAGCGGUGUGUAGACUUUUUAUACCCACUGUACAGUGAGUGAGCCUGUUGUAAUAUGUUGUAUUGUACCUUUCAAAGGUGUGUUCACCAACUCCAUGCCAUCCCGCCCAACUAGACUACUUUCUGCAUCACUUUGGCCUUUACAUUUCCACUUCUACAUGUACAUGUUCCCAGGAAAACAAACUCUCGUGGGCCUGUUUACAUACACUCCAGCACACUGAUAUUGGAUGGAGUGACUAAACUAAUUCCAUCGGUCAAGUUGCCAGGCCACACUGACCUUAUGUCAGUUUGUUCAAAACAAAUGCAGUGUUCCUUGCGGAAAGGUCUACCCUAUGAUGAGAACAGGGGUGUCCAAAUUAGAACCCAUAACGGCAUAACAUCCUGCUCUUAUCUUCAUUUCUUUUCUGUAGCUCGUUCAGGCAGCAAAACUAGCUGGAUCUGGAGUAGUUGCACCAAUUUGCUGCCUGCUGGUGAAAUCUGUAAAUACGUUUAUCACACUGUGACAUAUUGUCGGUGUCCAAUGAAAAACAUGCAUCUCCAGCAGAUUUUUCUUUUUUCAAAGUGUGUUUCUUUUUUUUUAUUAUUUUACUUUUAUCCAGAAAAUUACAACAGAUACAGAUUUGGAUAAAAAUACUGAACCAGCAAAUUUUUGAUUUUAUGACAUAUUGUCACUAGCCAGUAAAAAAAAAUACAAAAUACAACAAUAAAUUGUAUUUUGAUAUUAUUUUACCUUUAGCCAAAAAAAUAAACUCCUACCAAAAAUCAAUCUUUGUUCAUUUUCUAUCUAAAAUAUGUUAAAUGAGCACAUUUUGAAAUGCAUCUUGUGUUGUAUGUUUAUUUCUUCCUGUAGCCCAGUGAUUCUCAAAGUGUGGUGUGCGUGCCCCUGGUGGUACGAGGGCUCCGUCUAGUGGCACACAAAAGAAUCACUGAAUGGCUAAACUGUGCAUAAUAUUACAGUGGCCUAAACUUUUUUUUUAAUCCAGUACAGUACGUUUGUAGAAUUGAGUUGUUUAACUUUUAAGUACAAUACAUUUGCAUUUCAUCUUUAAGCAUUGUCUGUUUUUCACA